AUGGCUGCCAGGGAUUUGGCAGUAGGAAUGCUCUUCUUGUUUCAGACUAUAUUUGGAAUCCUGGGGAAUCUUUUUCUUCUUGGCCAUUAUCUCUUCCUUUAUUUCACUGGGUGUAGGCUAAGGUCCAUGGAUUUUAUUGUCAAGAACCUGAUUGUAGCCAACUUAUUGGUCCUGUUCUCUAGUGGAAUGCCUAAUGGGAUGUCACGUUUGGGAUGGUACCAUGUCUUCAAUGAUUUCGUUUGCGGGUUUUUUCCCUAUGUCCGUAGAGUGGGCAGGGGUGUGUCCAUUGGCACCACCUGCCUCUUGAGUGUAGCCCAGGCCAUCAUGAUCAGCCCCAGCAACUCCAGGUGGGCAGAGCUUAAAGUGAAAACUCGCAAGUGCAUUGUCUCUUCAAUUUCCCUGUGCUGGAUCCUGCAAAUGCUGAUAAAUGUCAUAUAUCCUAUGUUUCUGACUGGCAAUGGGAGCCACAAAAACAUCACAAACAGAAAAAGUUUUGGAUACUGUUUUGCUGUUCGUCACGACAAAACCAGAGAUGACUUAUAUGUGGCAUUGAUAUCAUUCCCUGAUGUUUUCUGUUUGGGGCUCAUGUGCUUGGCCAGUGGCUCCACAGUUUUCAUCCUUUACAGGCACAAGCAGAGGGUCCAACACAUUCAUAGGACCAAUAUCUCUUCCAGAUCCUGCCAUGAGUCCAGAGCUACCAAAACCAUCCUUCUCCUGGUGAGCACCUUUGUCUUUUUUAACACCCUUUCCUCCACUUGUCACGCAGUUAUGGCUGUUUUUAGUAAUCCUAACUGGUUCCUCUUGAAUGCCACUUUAGUAAGCACUCAGUGUUUCCCAAGUCUCAGUCCCUUUCUGCUCAUGAGCCGUGAACCCAGUGUAUCCAGGCUGUGCUUUGCCUGGAUAAAAAAUACAAAAUCCCCUAGUCUUGUAUGUAUUUGUGCAGUAUUCAUUUGGUAA